CAGCAGAAGAGAGCAGAACAGUGAGCGCAGGGUGGAGAGAGGAGCUUUGGAACAUAGUGAAGAGUGAAUCUUAGGGUUUCUCAGAAGAGGUGUGUAAUAGUGAAGAGUGAACCUUAGGAUUUCUCAGAAGAGGUGUGUAAUAGUGAAGAGUGAACCUUAGGGUUUCUCAGAAGAGGUGUGUAAUAGUGAAGAGUGAAACUUAGGGUUUCUCAGAAGAGGUGUGUAAUAGUGAAGAGUGAACCUUAGGGUUUCUCAGAAGAGGUGUGUAAUAGUGAAGAGUGAACCUUAGGGUUUCUCAGAAGAGGUGUGUAAUAGUGAAGAGUGAACCUUAGGGUUUCUCAGAAGAGGUGUGUAAUAGUGAAGAGUGAACCUUAGGGUUUCCCAGAAGAGGUGUGUAAUAGUGAAGCGUGAACCUUAGGGUUUCUCAGAAGAGGUGUGUAAUAGUGAAGAAUGAACCUUAGGGUUUCUCAGAAGAGGUGUGUAAUAGUGAAGAGUGAACCUUAGGGUUUCCCAGAAGAGGUGUGUAAUAGUGAAGAGUGAACCUUAGGGUUUCUCAGAAGAGGUGUGUAAUAGUGAAGAGUGAACCUUAGGGUUUCCCAGAAGAGGUGUGUAAUAGUGAAGAGUUUCUCAGAAGAGUUCAUGGUCUCCGAGCUUCCUGUCUGACGUCAACUCUCAGUCCUUGGGUGUCUAUGGGAAACUACAGCUCUGCCCUGUAUGGGGAGGUGGAAGAUUUUAAAGCCAUCGUGUCAUCGUCAGAGAACGCAACGUCUCACAGACACACGCUGGAGACUCCGUUCUCAGAUAAUCAUGCCUGCCCUGAGGAGGCCAUAGUGUGGGAGCAGCAGACGCAGGCAGCGCUGGGAGCCAAUCAGCUCACACCUGAGUUCCUCACUGAGACUGGACAGCCACACAGUGAUGAUGCAGAGGCUGUGAGGAACGCUCCACAUCUGAGGGUCUUCUCUCUCCCCUGCCUCCCCAGUGCCAUGGAGCUCCCACCCAGAGCCCCACCACAUGGCCCUCCUACGCUGGAGCACCUCCAGGUGGAGCUCCAGGACAUGAGAGAAGAACUACAGCAGCUGAAGAGUCAGCACAAGACUGAGAUUAAACUGCUGAUGAAUGAACUUGAUGAAGAGAAGAAAAAGCGUUUGUCCAUGCAGGUUGAGGUCGAGCGUAUUAAGAAGCACAUGUCUAAACACACAGCACAUCAGUAACAUGCCCAACACCCACCCACAGGGGGGCCGCACAACUCUCACACGUCACUGUGACCACACACAUUCCACACGUAACCGUGAAAAUGCACCAUGAUCCCUGUUAUUGGCUGGGGAAGGCCAGCCUUCCUGCAGAAGAAGAUUCAGAGAGGAAGGUCUCUCCGACGGAGUGUGUAGGGGAGCUAUGAGGAAAACACACUCGCCGGGCCUGCAGUUCUACCAAUGUCUUCACCUCCAGACUUUGUGCCCUACUGACCAUACCCCCACUGCACACUUGUGUCUGCCUCGUGCUCUACCUGUUAGACCGGUAUGGGUUUUUGGUUUCUGUACUGGAUAACUUUGGUUUGUUCUGGGUCAGCUCUGUUAAAGCAGCUACACAGCAGCUACACCUGAACACCUGAACCACACUGAGGUCAUCGCAUCUGCCAGUUACAGAAAAUAACCAACACGAGUUGCUGAGAGCGGUUAUAAACUGUCUCAUAAAUGCUGUAGUUGUGUGAGCUGUCAGUAAUCUCAAGUCUUCUGUCCUGCUGGACUUCUAUUACGAACAUUAAAUGUAAAGUUUAUUAACGCGACUCCACUAUUCAGUCAAACAUGUUUUAACUAUUUCCAAGCAACUUGAUUUAAGAGUAAUGAUGCUACAUGCUACAAUCUCAGUAAUCAAAAAUACAAGGAAACUAUUGUACAUGUAUUUAAACUACAUGCAUUUAAACUACUGUGCAUGUAUAUAAACUUCAUGUGCACUGGUAUUAUAGUGCAUUAUACCGAUUUAUAAGUUAGAUGUCUUGGUUUCUGUUUUCUGCUCUGAUGUUGAAAUGCAUACAUCUGGAUUUUCUUUCAAAUAUUUAAAAAGACAACUUCAAAAUAAGAGGUUUGUUUCAAAGAGUUCCAGUUUCAUUAAUAUAACAUUUAUUUAAAAAAGCAAAACCAAACAAACUGAAGUAAAGUGAAUGUCUGUACACUCUUCACAUUAAAGGUUACAUUAGCAUUUA